UUGUCCUCAGGACUCGGGGAGGAGUCCACGUCCACGCUGACGGACUCACCGUCACCUCACCUGUCCUCAUGUGGGUGAAGGCUCUGGACCUGCUAUUGGACAAGAUGAAGAGGGCGGGGCUUGUCUUCUCUCGGGUCAGAGCGCUGUCCGGCAGCGGCCAGCAACACGGCAGCGUGUUCUGGAGACGAGGAGCGUCUGAGACCCUGCAGCACCUGGACCCGGACCAGGACCUGCACCAGCUGCUGCAGCACAGCUUCUCCGUGAGCAGCGCCCCCGUGUGGAUGGACUGCAGCAGCAGCCGGCAGUGUGACGAGCUGCAGGCGGCAGCAGGGGGCGCUGUGAGGCUGGCCGAGGUCACGGGGUCCAGAGCCUACGAGCGCUUCACAGGAAGUCAGAUCUCCAAACUGAGACAAACUCAACCAGAAGAGUUCCAGAACACCGAGAGGAUCUCAUUGGUCAGCAGCUUUGCCGCCUCCCUCUUCCUCGGUGGUUUCGCCCCCAUCGACUACAGUGACGGUUCGGGGAUGAACCUGUUGGACAUCAGGACCAGGACCUGGUCUGGGGUCUGCAUGGAGGCCACCGCUCCUCAUCUGGACCGCCUGCUGGGAGCUCCAGUGCCCUCCACGUCUGUACUGGGCCCCGUCUCCGCCUACUUUGUGCAGCGCUAUGGAUUCUGUGAGGACUGCAGGGUGGUGGUCUUCACCGGAGACAACCCGGCGUCUCUGGCAGGAAUGAGGCUGCAGCCAGGAGACGUUGCGGUCAGCCUGGGGACCAGUGACACAGUGUUCCUGUGGAUCCAGCAGCCCCGCCCGGCUCUGGAGGGCCACGUCUUCUGCAACCCGCUGGACUGGAGGGCCUUCAUGGCUCUGCUGUGCUUUAAGAACGGCUCUCUGACGAGGGAACGAAUCAGGAACAAGAGCACUGGAGGAUCAUGGGAACUUUUUUCCGCCGCCCUGAGAGACACGCCGCUGGGCAACAACGGACACAUUGGCUUUUAUUUUGACAUCAUGGAGAUCACACCUCCUGCUGUGGGCGUUCACCUCUUUGGACCCGCAGACAACGAGAUGUCCUCCCUGAGUCCUCAGGUGGAGGUCCGGGCUCUGGUGGAGGGUCAGUUCCUGUCCAGGAGGCUCCACGCUGAGCGGCUGGGCUACUCCAUCACUCCAGGAACCAGAGUGUUGGCAACGGGAGGAGCUUCAUCUAAUAAAGACAUUCUGCAGGUUCUGUCUGACGUGUUCAACGCUCCGGUGUUCAGCCUCGACCUGAGCAGCUCGGCCUGCCUGGGGGCGGCUGGUCGAUGUGUGUUUUCAGGCCUGGUGUCAGAGUCCGUGUCGUUCUUUGAUCUGACGAAGAACGCUCCGGAAGCACAACUAGUCACAACACCACAUGCUGCAGCCCAGCAGGUAUACGACCAGAUGUUGAAGCGCUACGCCCGAUUGGAGGAGAGAGUCCUGCAGAAGACCCGCCCCUGAGCCACAGCAGCCAAUCAGCUGUGUGACGGUAAAGGACGAGAACUUUUCCAGAAACUGAAACAAUGAAUUAGAUUUAAACAAAAGAUAAAUAAAAGACUAACGAUU